AAACCAAAUACUAGAAGAAAAAAAAAAAACAGUUAUCCACCGAAAGUACACAAUUCCUUCAACUGUGUGAACUACUUAACUUCUUCAGCUUCAUGUUCCUCAAAUUCCACUAAAAUCUUCAUCAUCAUCAAUGCCAUUAGCUUCACCAAUAUCACAAACAUAACAUGAAAUCAUAACAUUACCUUAUCUUUUUCAUUACAUCAACUUCAUUUCCAUGUCUUCACAUUGCUUUGUUCAUUUUCCACCUUCAUCUUCAUCAUCAAAAUUAAAAAAAUUCCCAAAACCCUCCAAAUUCCGUUCAAUCUCAUCACAAAUUCAAACCCCAGAAUCUGAAAAUGACGAAAAAAACCAAAAAAAUCUCAACUUUAACAACCUCAAUUUCCUCAAAUUCACUGUAACCCUCACUGUUAUCUCCGCGUCACUUCCCCAAGCCGCCACUGCCGUCGCUGCCGCUGGAAAAAAACGAGCACCCAGAAAGGCUUCAACCAAAAAGGUUGAAGCUUUAUCAAUAGAGGAGGUGAAAACAUGGAUUGAAGGAUUACCCAUUGUUUCAGAACGCAUACCUUAUACAGAAAUAGCUGAAUUGAAGAAUUUGGGUAUGCUCAAACACAUAGUGAAACCUAGUGCCGUGGAAUUGAGGGAACGUGCUGUUGCAGUAUUGGUUGUUUUGGAGGAUUCUAGAGUGUUGAGAACAGUGUUGCCAAAUGUUGAAAGUGAUAGAAAAUUUUGGGGUUUAUGGGAUGAGUUAAAGAUUGAGAAUUUGUGUGUGAAUGCAUAUUCACCACCUGUUAAGGUUCCAGAGAUACCACUUUCGGUAUUGGCGAGGAUUUGGUUGUCUCUGCCAUUUCACAAGCCUUUGGUUGAGUUUGUUAAUAGGUUUCAGCCGAAGAAAAAGUCGAAGAAGGAGUUGGCGUUGAGGGAAGCUAGGAUGCAGUUGCAGAGGCAGAAGAAAGAAGAAGUGGUGAAGACAAUGAAGGAGAGGGAGAUGAUUGAGAGGAAUGAGAGGAAUAAGAAGAGAGAAGCGGAGAAUGAAAAGAGAAUGAGAAGGAGGAAAGAGUAUAAGGAGAAAAUGGUUGAAGUUAAGGCCAAUGAGUUUUUUAAUACUACUAUUUGGACUCGUAUGGCGAAGGAUAAAAUGGCGAUUAAUGGAAUUGGAGUGCUUUUUUUCGUGAUUUUUUACAGAACUGUGGUGGUUAGCUAUAAGAAGCAGAAGAAGGAUUACGAAGAUAGGAUUAAGAUUCAGAAAGCUGAUGCGGAAGAGAGAAGGAAGAUGAGGGAGAUGGAAGCCGAGAUGGGGUGGAGUGAAGCUGGCGGUGAUGAGGAUGAGAGUGAGCUGGUGAAAGAAGGAGAGGAGAAUCCUUAUUUGAAAAUGACAAAGGAGUUUAUGAAAUCUGGGGCACGGGUUCGAAGAGCACAAAAUAGAAGGCUUCCUCAGUAUCUUGAGAGAGGUGUGGAUGUGAAGUUUACUGAUGUUGCUGGUCUCGGUAAAAUACGACUUGAACUUGAGGAGAUUGUCAAGUUCUUCACUCAUGGAGAGAUGUACCGAAGGAGAGGAGUGAAAAUCCCAGGUGGCAUACUUCUUUGUGGCCCCCCUGGAGUGGGAAAGACAUUGCUGGCAAAAGCUGUGGCUGGUGAGGCAGGAGUUAAUUUCUUCUCUAUUUCUGCUUCACAGUUUGUCGAAAUAUACGUUGGUGUUGGGGCUUCUCGUGUUCGAUCACUUUACCAAGAAGCCAAAGAAAAUGCUCCUUCUGUUGUCUUCAUUGAUGAGCUGGAUGCUGUAGGAAGGAAACGUGGCUUGAUUAAAGGUUCAGGUGGACAGGAACGUGAUGCUACUCUUAAUCAGCUCCUGGUGUGCUUAGAUGGAUUUGAAGGAAGAGGGGAGGUGAUCACUAUUGCCUCCACAAAUCGACCAGACAUUCUGGAUCCAGCACUUGUAAGACCUGGCCGGUUUGAUCGGAAGAUCUUUAUCCCCAAACCCGGUUUCAUUGGCCGCAUUGAAAUUCUAAAGGUCCAUGCUCGUAAAAAGCCAAUUGCUGAAGAUGUAGACUAUGAAAUUGUUGCUAGUAUGACUGAUGGAAUGGUUGGUGCAGAGCUAGCUAACAUAGUUGAGGUUGCUGCUAUCAAUAUGAUGCGGGACUCGAGGACCGAGGUUAGCACCGAUGACUUAUUACAAGCUGCUCAAAUGGAAGAGAGAGGAAUGCUAGAUAGAAAGGAGCGAAGCAAAGAGAAAUGGGAACAAGUAGCUAUAAAUGAAGCAGCAAUGGCUGUUGCUGCUAUGAACUUGCCUAAUUUCGACAAUAUCGAAUAUAUCACAAUUGCUCCUAGAGCUGGUAGGGAAUUGGGAUAUGUUCGGACGAUGCUGGAGUCCAUAAAUUUUAACGAUGGAAUGCUCACUCGGCAAUCCCUUUUUGAUCAUAUUACUGUUCAACUCGCACCCCGUGCAGCUGAUGAAAUGUGGUUUGGGAAAGAUCAGUUGAGUACGAUAUGGGCUGAAACUGCAGACAAUGCUAGGGUUGCAGCGAGAAUGUAUAUGAUUGGCGGGCUUUCUGAUAAGUAUCGUGGAGUAUCCAAUUUCUGGGUUACAGACCGAAUUAAUGAAAUUGAUUUGGAAGCAAUGAAGAUUCUCAACCUUUGCUAUGAACGCGCAAAAGAGAUCCUGCAGCAAAAUAAAACACUGAUGGAUACAUUGGUGAAUGAACUUGUUGUGAAGAAAACCUUAACCAAAGAAGACAUUGUUCGUCUUGUACAAUUGCAUGGCCACGCAAAACCAAUUCCUAUUAGCGUACUUGACAUAAGGGAUGCCAAACAUAAAGAACUACAAGAAAUAGCUAGUAAUGGAAAGGAAAUAAACGAAUCAUAAGGGCAAGUGCCCCGCCAAUUUUGGGAAUUUUCUAUUCUAUGCAUAUUUGAUGUAUCUUAUUGUUGUAUUAUGUUUUUUUUGUUUGAUAAAAUAAAUUUUGGGUUAGGGGAUGGUGUUGUUGUAUUAUAUUCGUUCUUUACAUACCUUUAUAGAGUACGGACAUUUUUUUAGGUCUUCUGCAUUUGUUGACCAGGGAAGGGUGGAAAUAAUACUAGAUAUUCUUAUCAGUUA